AGCUUAGGAGUUUCUGAUUCUGUCGCUUUAUUCUUCUUCUCCCCAUGACAAAACGGGUAUUCCAAGUCUGGAAAGGAAGCAAUAAAUUCAUCCUUGGUGGGAGAUUGAUAUUUGGACCAGAUGCUAGGUCACUGCCUCUUACCUUGCUAUUGAUCAUAGUUCCGGUUGUUUUGUUCUGUGUAUUUGUAGCAAGGCACCUUCGCCAUGAGUUCUCUCCCUACAAUGCGGGAUAUGCUAUCUUGGUGGUAGCAAUUCUUUUCACUAUUUAUGUAUUGAUCCUCCUCUUCUUCACAUCUGCACGAGAUCCUGGUAUUGUUCCUCGAAAUUUGCAUCCACCAGAAGAAGAACUACGCUAUGAGACAACAGUAUCAGCUGAUGGAAGACAAACACCAAGUGUUCAAAUUCCUAGGACGAAAGAAGUCAUGGUUAAUGGCGUUUCUGUUAGAGUGAAAUACUGUGAUACAUGCAUGCUUUACAGGCCUCCCCGCUGCUCUCAUUGUUCCAUAUGCAACAACUGUGUUGAGCGGUUUGAUCAUCAUUGCCCAUGGGUGGGCCAAUGCAUUGGACUGAGAAACUAUAGGUAUUUCUUUAUGUUUGUUUCUUCAUCAACACUUCUCUGCAUCUAUAUUUUCUCGAUGUCGGCUAUAUACAUCAAGAUUCUGAUGAAUGAUCAACAAGGAACUGUGUGGAGGGCAAUGAAAGAAUCACCUUGGUCAGUUGUGCUGAUGAUAUAUUGCUUUAUUGCCCUAUGGUUUGUUGGAGGGCUCACAGCGUUUCACUUGUACCUCAUAAGUACAAACCAGACAACCUAUGAGAAACUCCGGUACAGAUCAUCACACAGCAGGAGUAUUGUCUAUAACCGUGGCUGUCCAAACAAUUUCCUGGAAGUAUUUUGCUCAAAGGUGAAGCCCUCGAGGAACAACUUUAGAGCCUUCAUCGAAGAAGAACCUCCAAGAGUUGUUACCCUGCCUAGCACCACCAGGGAAUCAGAGGAAGCAGAUGAUGAAAAUGGGCCUCGGCGACAGAAAGUGGAAGACGACCUAGACAUUGGAGAAGAUCUUAUUAAUCUCUCACAGCGUUGUAAUGCAGAAGAGGCCAACAACAAUCAGCCUCAUCACACAUUGGACAUUGACCAUGAGAGAGCAGGCUCGAUAAGGACAGCAGCAAGGCAUGAAAGCUGGGGAAGAAGAAGUGGGAGCUGGGAUGUAGCAGCAGCAACAGAUGUGAGGGAAAGCCGAAGCUACGCAACAGCAAAGGAAGCAAGGGGAUGAGGGUGGGUGGAAGCUCUCGUUUAGGACAGAAGUCGGUAGAUGUGAUUUGGUUUCGGGGAUUUGCGAAUCAGUUAAUGUAAUCUCGAGUAUAUACAAUACCAAGAGUAGUAGUUCUUCUAACUUCUUUUCGUUUUCUCAAUGUGUAUUGUGCUAUUUUGUUAAUAUUAUGUGGAUAUUCCAUUCUGUAUCUGCGUCCAUAAUAUCUACCUUAUAAAUUGUCUCUGUUUAG